AUGGACAUGGAAGCGGCCUCGUUCUUCAGCGCCGCCAGCGUGUCGUUCCCUCCCGCGCCGCCGUCGUCCAGGUCGCGCGGCGGCAGGGGCAUCUCCCGCCUGCCGGCGCGCGUCGCCGGCGCGGUGGUCCGCAACCUGCUCACCUUCGUCUUCGCGGCAGUGGGCAUGGUUCUCGGGGCCGUCACGGGCGCGCUGAUCGGGCUCGCCACGGAGAGCGGCCUGGUGCGCGGCGCCGGCAUCGGGGCCAUCUCCGGCGUCGUCGUGUCCAUGGAGGUCGUCGACUCCUCCGUCGCCAUCUGGCGCUCCGACGAGUCCGGGAUCUGGAGCGUCCUAUACGUGCUUGAUGUCCUCUGGAGCCUACUGACUGGCCGCCUGGUACGCGAGAAGGUGGACCCCGCCGUGCAGAGCGCCGUCGACAGCCAGAUGAACGCCGCGGACUCGGGGGACGACAUGGCGUCGCCGACACUGGCGGACAUGUUCGAGACGGGCGCCGCUGCCGCCGCCGCCGCCAAGGGCAUGCCGGCCGCCGCCAUCGCGGCGCUCCCCGUCACGGCCUUCACCGAGUGCACCGUCGCGGACGCCUCCGGGGAGCCCAUCGGCUGCUCCGUCUGCCUUCAGGACUUCGAGGCCGGUGAGACGGCGCGGAGCCUGCCGGAGUGCGGGCACACGUUCCACCUGCCGUGCAUCGACGUCUGGCUGCUCCGGCACGCGUCGUGCCCGCUGUGUCGACGCGCGGUCUAG